CCUGGGCCGGCCCCUUCCUCCGCGCCCGGCGCCCUCGCCGCCUUGUGCUCGCUCGCCGCUCCGGAGCAGCGCCAGAUCCGCUCGCGCCGCCGCCCGCGCCACAUCCGGAUCGCGCGUCCCCUUCUUCCCCCGGGGUCCCCUGCGAACAGAAGCAAGCCGCCGCCGCCGCCGCCCGCCCCGUCCAGGCUUUUGCAUCCGGGCCCAGCAGCAGCAGCAGCCUCGCCUCCUCCUCCGUGCGCGCCUGCAUCCCUCCGCAUCGCCCUCCGCGGCCAUGAGCGGCUGGAACAGCUACAUCGACAACCUGAUGGCGGACGACACCUGCCAGGACGCGGCCAUCGUGGGCUACAAGGACGUGCCGUCCGUCUGGGCCGCCGCCCCGGGGAAGACCUUCGCCAACAUCACGCCGGCGGAAGUGAAUAUCCUGGUUGGGAAGGACCGGAGCAACCUGUUUGUCAACGGCCUGACUCUGGGCGGGCAGAAGUGCUCGGUCAUUCGGGACAGCCUGCACACGGACGGCGAAUGCACCAUGGACCUCAGAACCAAAAGCACCGGCGGGGCCCCCACCUUCAACAUCACAGCCGCCAUGACGGCCAAGACGAUAGUUCUGGUGAUGGGCAAGGAAGGCGUCCACGGCGGCUGCGUGAACAAGAAGUGCUUCGAGAUGGCCAACCACUUGCGGAGGUCGCAAUAUUGAGGCCCCCCCCUUGCCCCCGCCUGCGGUACUACUGAGGGACCGGGGGGCACAAUGCCCACGGAGGCUGCCACCGCCCGGGACCCCCAGCCCAGCCCCGGCCUGACCAGCGUGGGACACCCACCCCCCCGGCGCCGGACCGCCACUCUCUUCCUCCUCUCCUCCCCCCCCCACUUUUCCUGCUUUCUCAAUGGUUGUUAUUUUUUUUUCUACCCCCCACCC